GUAUAUGUCAUGCUACACUCAAAAUGUUUUCUGGAAUGAAAUUAAAAAUUUAAUUGACAUUUCGACCACCGGUACAAGAAAUUUAAAUAUUAAAUUCCUCAAAAUAACAUAUUGCUAAUGGUUUGUAUCGUUCCGUUCUGUGUUCCGCCUAAUCGGGAUGAGUUUUUUGUCCGUUUCCCCCGCAAUUCUAAACUCGCUGAACGCUGGAAAAUCGCCAUCGAAUUGGGCACCGGAAACGCACUGGACAAUAUUGAACGGUUGGAAGAGGCCACUAUUUGCAACACACAUUUCAAAGAAAAUGCUUCAGGAGGGAUCAACUUUUAUCAAGAACCAUGCAGGUUUUGGAAUGGAGUUAAAAACCAAUAUUCGUACGUUGUCUGCUGUCGGAUUUGCCUCCAGUUUACUACAGAGUCCAGCAGUAUGGAUGAUUUAGCAAGUGAUACCGGUUUUCUUCUGGGAAUCCAUCCGCUAGAAGGGGACUUCUUGAAAUCAACUUGCAUUUCUUGUUCAGAGAAACUCAACACCAUGAGAAUGAUCAUAAAUGAAGCCACUGAAACAAAUGCUCGAUUCAUAAUCCUAAGUGAGUAUAUAAAAUAUGAAACAGUCACUAUUAUUAACCGAAGACAAAAAGCGGAACUUCCUAAAAUAGAAUACAGCGAGAGUAACACUGCUGUCGGUGCUAACAACGUAAAUCCUACACAAGAAGACAUAAAAUCACUAACCCGAAGAAAAUGUUACAUAUGUCCAUCCGUCCAAGAAUCAGCUGACCAACUUCUUUCGCAUCUUGUUUCUAGUCAUCAUCAGAACGAGGUUUUCCUCUGCAAUCAGUGUGAUCCUCCGAAAAGUUUCGCUCGUAUAGAUUUGUAUAAUUUCCAUUUGAGUUACCACUGCCCGGAAGAUCGACCCUUCAAGUGUGGCUUUUGCAGUAUACACUUCGCUGUUGUGCAAAGCCGAAUAAGACACGAGAAAUCUCACCACAGGGCAAAUGGCAAGAUGAGUCCAUGUGUGUCUCAUCGAACAAAGCACCAAUGUGAGCACUGUGGCAACAUUUACAGGAGCAAACAUCUCCUUGAGGUGCACAUGGGUUUAACGCACGGGAUAAAAACUAUCAAUGUUCCGAGUUGUCACAUUUGUGGGAAAAAAUUCUCCAGCAGCACCAACUUGAGGCGACACGUGGCAACGCACGGACCGGGAGGGUUGGUCAAGUGUCGAAUAUGCGAAGAAAUCUUUCGUACAGAGCUCCAGCUGGAGAAACAUCGGUUGGACGCGCAUAAGCUGGAUGUGCCACGGCGUAGGAAGCUUUCAAAGACCACGUGUGUAAUUUGUGGGCAGGAGCAGAAAGGGAUAUUUGCUUUGGGAGCGCAUGUGAAAGAGAGUCACAACGAGGAAGAAUAUCCGUACUUUCGGUGUGAUAAAUGUCCGGAGAUGUUUCUAACCGAGGCGAAGGCGACAGAGCAUCGGAAUGUACACAACGGAAAACAUGAAUGCAACGUUUGUUUUAAACGAUUCGUUCUGGCCAGCACAUUGUGGAGCCACAAGAUUAGGGUGCACGGAAAUCAGAGUCACUUCCAAUGUGACGCUUGUGGAAGGAUGUUUAGCUCUAAGGGGAACAUGAUGAGACACAUGACGGAACAUACAGGAUCCAAAGAAUUCAAAUGUGAGAGUUGCGAAAACUGUUUCACUAGGAAAAGCUCUCUGGACAAUCAUUCUAAAAAGUGUUCGAGUUGCACUCUUAGAUUUUGUCGACGAGGAGCGCUGUUAAAACAUCACAGAGAGUGUCAUAAUAUAAAUAACGUGGGACAAACAAGCGCCGUGGAUCCAGAUUUUAUCGAAAUCGGAAGCGUGCCAGCUACUAGCCAAUUAAUUCGCCAGUGUCACAGCAUCCCAAUUCAAGACCUCCGCACCUAAUAGCAAUGCGUUGGCAAUGUUAACGAUACAAACGAAUGCCACGGCCAUCGGAGGCAAUAUAUACGACGAUGAUCACGUUCGCCUCAAUUAAGCCCACCGCCCGCAAAGCUGAAAGUUGAAGCCGUAGAAAGCAAAAUUUUCGAGCACUUAUCGAAAAUCAAGUUUCCAAAACUGGCUUACUGUGAUUUGCUCGCGGGCAUUACUCUACUGCAUUAUGUGUGCAACACAAAACAAUUGUGUGUAAAUUUUGCACUCAGAAUGACAUCAUUUUCUGUAAGCAAUAACACCUCGGAAGAGCUCUCUCAUCACGUGUCGUUGCAGUUGCGGCAAAUGGCGGAAUAGGAGCGCAAAAGUCCGCGCGCUUACGUAUGGAACGAUACGAAUCGCGCGAAUCUGAAUUACACGGACAACACGACCGGCCGACGAACCAGGUAACCAUAAUUUGA